AUGCGCUCAUUCGCCCUCCUCGCCGCCCCUAUCCUGGCCAACAUGGCCCUGGCCCAGGAUGACAACCAGCACACCACCGUCCUCACCAUCGGCUACACCACCACCGGCGGCCAGGCCGUGACCGCCGUCACGACCUACACAUACGAGUACUCCAACCCGGCCACCUCGCUCCUGACCCAAACCAACUCGGACGGCAUCAUCACCGCCUCGCUCGACGCCUUCACCAGCCAGCCUGCCGCUGAGACCUCGCAGGCCUCUGCCGUCACCUCGCAGCCUGCGGUCGCCACCAUCCCCGCCGGCCUACCCGAUGGCACCACCACCAUCGUCAUCCCCCAGGCGUCGGGCACCGGCGCCACCUCGUUCGUCGUCAGCGUCGGCAGCUCCACCACCCAGGUCAUCUCCACCGCCACCACCACGAGCAGCGGCUCAUCUGGCACCGACUCGUCGAGCGAGAGUGGCUCCAGUGGCUCCUCUGACCCGUCCUCCACCAAGAGUUCCGACAGCAGCAGUGCGACCGAGACCAAGGGCAGCGCCGCUGCUGGUUUUGUCCCUGCCUCGUUCGGCCUUGUUUCAUUCGGUGCUCUGAUCGCUGCCCUGCUCUAA